AUGGCAGACCCCUACCAAAAGACCCUCACCUUAAUCGACGCCGCGCACUCCGCCGACCCUAAACAAGUCACCCCACCUCAAUCUCAAUCCCCAAUACCCUACGAACUUCUCUACGCCAACAAAAUGACAAAAUACCUGUCUCUGCGCUCCCCUUCCGCUUCCGACGCCCUCCGCCUCGCCGUGCGCGCCCAACACCUCCGUCGCUGGGAAGUCCCGCGCACCGACUUCCCGGCCACAAAGAUCGGGUACCACAGCUGGCGCAGCCACCUCGCGCGGCGGCAGGCGGAAAUUGCGCGUGGGUUCUGCGUUGAAGCCGGGUAUGAAGAGCCCUUUGCGGAACGGGUUGCGGCGCUUGUGAGGAAGGAGGGGUUGAAGUCCAGCGGGGAAGAUGCAGACGUGCAGGUUCUUGAGGAUGUUGCUUGUCUUGUGUUUUUGGAGGACCAGCUAGAGGAUUUCCAGAGUGGGUAUGACGAGGAGAAGGUUAUUGGGAUUUUGAGGAGGACUUGGGCCAAGAUGAGUGAGAGGGGGAGGGAAUUGGCUCUGGGGAUGGAGUUGAGUGGGAAGAGUAAGGAGUUGGUUGGGCGGGCUCUUGCGGAUGAUUCUGCUGCUUGA